AGAAUUAAAAAAAAUGUUUUGAUCCUAUUUGCGAAGAGUGUCUACACAGCAGUGCAGCAGAGAGGAUAAGUCUCAAGCCCCCAUCCACUCGAAGAACCUCCCGCUCGUCUGCUCCAAUCCAGCAAGGCAGAUAACCAUGGCGCCCCUGGCCCUCCGCCCCACCAUCUCGGCCACCGCCGCCUCCACGACGCUUGCGACCGCUGGCUCCCGCUGCCGCCACGCUGCCAAACCCCGCCGGCGCCCCACCAUCACCUGCAAGGCGGAGCCGAGCGGCGGCAACAGCACCCUCGAGCUAGCCGCGGGUGCCGCCGGGCUGGCGUCGAGCGCGACCGUGGCGUGGUCCCUGUACACGCUGAACACGACGGGCUGCGGCCUGCCCCCGGGCCCCGGCGGCGCCCUCGGCGCGGCGGAGGGGGUCAGCUACCUCGUCGUGGCGGCCCUGGUCGGGUGGUCGGUCACCACCAAGGCGCGCACCGGGUCGGGCCUCCCGGCCGGCCCCUACGGCCUCCUCGGCGCCGCCGAGGGCGUUGCCUACCUCACCGUCGCCGCCAUUGCCGUUGUCUUCGGCCUGCAGUUCUUCCAGCAGGGGUCGAUCCCGGGUCCGUUGCCAUCGGAGCAGUGCUUUGGCUGACCCUGUAGCUCAUCCCCUUCACAUUUUGCCGGUUGCAAAACUCUGGUUGGGUGCUGCUGAGAGUGAGUGAGUGAAUGCAGUGUGCGAUCUGUUUAACUGCAGUAUAUAGUUUGAUUGGCUGCCGGCCUGCAUGCCGAUUUGAUAACCGCUGAGAUGAACGCCUGCUGGCCUGAGUUUGAUAACCGCUGAGACGUACGCCGGCCGGCCCCUUCCUCCCUAUACUCGAGCAGCAUCUCAAGAAACAAUGGAUCGUGAACAUUUGUGGAGGAGUUCCAAACUUCCAAUGUUUAGGAAAAUGCAGCAAAAAAUGCUAGAUUGUCAUACCCGAAAUAGUAUGGCCAGGCCAUUGGAGGACACGUUAAUGAUUACAUAUAAUCGAGGGCAAUGUCAAGGAGGGAGCUAAAACAUUGGACUAUGCGAACACAUUUUCUUCAGAGUUCAGGCCCAUCAGGUGCAUGUCGUCGUUCAGACGUUCAGGUCCUGGCCCUGCAGCGACGGUAUGCAGCUAUCUUCUUAGCAAUCUUCUCCUGCAUGUUGUCAACAUACUGAUAGAACGCAUAUCUCCACAUUUUACUGCAAAACAAGAUGCCCCAGGAUAGCCAGAACCCAAAGAUAAAUCCAGCAACCACAAAGCAAUACAACCACAAUGUUCCUCUACCAUCUUCCUGGCUUGUUCGACUGUGCGUUGGUGCUGUUGCGUUUGCACAUUCUUUCAAAGGAGGACCGCAUAGCCCUUGGUUGUUGCUGUAUAUUGAUGGAUCGUCAAGUGUCUGCAGCUGACUACCUGUCGGCAUCCUUCCGGACAAACCAUUGUUCGAGAGGUUUAAACUGCUUAUAAACUUCAAAUCGGCAAGGCUUGGAGGUAUUUGUCCCGAUAGUCGAUUCCAUGACAGGUCGAGGGAUUCUAGCAUCGCCAAAUUGCCAAUAUAUUCAGGGAUACCACCCGUGAGAUUAUUUCUGGACAGGUUUAGGUACCUUAGUCCAUGAAGGGUUGUGAGCUCUUCAGGGAUCCAUUGUGAUAAAGAGUUGCAUGACAAGUCUAUACCUGUCACAAAUGCAAUGGUCUUGCUGUAAAUGUAGUCCCCAUUCUUCCAGACUAGUUCAAUCCACUCUAAGUGCAAACCGUCAUACAUUA